GGAAUGCUCGGGGUCUGGGUGGAACUUGAAGACAUUUGGGAGUUUUUAUUGGCUCCUCCUCCCCCUCUAUUAUUUUUUAAAUUAUAAUUUGGGAUAUUAUAUAUGGAAUUGUAGGCUCCACUUCUCAAUUAUACUUUCUGCCUUGGAUUUUUAUUUAUUUUUGCUGGAAAUGUGCUGACCUGAUACACACAGGACAAUUUACGCAAUUUCACCUGAAGGGCUGAGAUCUUCAAGUAGGCUGGACGGAACAGAGAGCCGCAGUGAGCAUGGCUGAGCCACGACGGGACAGCACCAGUAGCCUGCAGAGGAAGAAGCCCCCGUGGCUCAAACUGGACAUUCCCACCGCCCAUGCCUCUCUCGAGGAGCCCACCUUUGUUCAGCCCUUCAAGCGGCAAGGCUUCUUGAGGAGUAUCAGCAUGCCUGCCGAAAACACACACCUGCAUUCCCCCCCCAACGAGACCCGGCGACCCCCCCUCCAACGACAGACCUCGAUCACACAGAACAUCAAAAGCAGCAAGAGGGUGCACUUUGAGAGAAUAAACACUGUGCCCAUAAAGGGACAACGUGCCGCCCGGAGGCCCAUGAGGAAGCCACAGUCUCUUUCCAAACUCUUCCUAAGGGGCACGGCGGACUGGUUCGGGGUCAGUAAGGACAGCGAUGCCACUCAGAAAUGGCAACGGAAGAGCCUGCGGCACUGCAGCCAACGCUACGGGAAGCUGAAGCCUCAGGUGAUCCGGGAGAUGGACCUUCCCAGCCAGGACAACAUCUCACUGACCAGCACCGAGACCCCGCCCCCUCUCUACGUGCCCACCUCCCAGCAUGGCAUGCAGAAGAUCGUCGACCCCCUGGCGCGAGGGAGGGCAUUCCGCAUGGUGGAGGAGAUUGACGGGUACAGCGUGCCUCACACCCCCAUCACCCCCGGCGCCACCUCCCUCUGCUCCUUCACUAGCUCCCGAUCUGGCUUCAACCGCGUCCCUCUGCGACGCAAACGAGAGUCUGUCGCCAGGAUGAGUUUCCGCGCUGCCGCUGCGCUGGUCAAGGGCCGCUCAUCCAAGGAGAGCACUCUGCGACGGGCACAGCGACGCAGCUUCACCCCCGCCAGCUUCCUGGAGGACGACACCGUGGACUUCCCCGACGAGCUCGACACUUCUUUCUUUGCUCGGGAUGGUGCGUUGCACGAGGAGAUGUCCACUUACCCUGACGAAGUGUUCGAGUCACCCUCUGAGGCGGCCAUCAAAGAGGCAGAGGCAAGCAAGGCCCUAGAUGAGACCGACCUCACCGGCAGUGCCUUGGACAAGAACGAACUUGAAAAGAGCCACCUGUUGCUGCCACUGGAGCGAGGCUGGCGCAAGGGGAAGGAGGGCCCGCUGGUGCAGCCGAAGGUCCGGUUACGGCAGGAGGUGGUGAGCGUGAGUGGGCAGAGGCGGGGCCAGAGGAUCUCCGUGCCCGUCAAGAAGCUGUUUGCCAAAGAGAAAAGGCCAUACGGGCUGGGCAUAGUAGGCAAGCUGACCAACCGCACAUACCGCAAGCGCAUCGACAGCUAUGUCAAGAGACAAAUAGAGGACAUGGAUGACCACAGACCGUUUUUCACAUACUGGAUAACCUUCGUCCACUUGCUAAUCACAAUCCUGGCGGUGUCUAUCUAUGGAUUUGUACCUGUGGGAUUUUCACAGAAUGAGAAAGUAGAUUCUGUUUUAAGAAAUAAAGGUGUUUAUGAAAAUGUUAAAUAUGUAUAUCAGGAAAACUUCUGGAUUGGACCAAGUUCGGAGGCGCUCAUCCACCUGGGUGCAAAGUUCUCCCCCUGCAUGAGGCAGGACCAGCAGGUGCACCGGCUCAUCCAAAAGAAAAGAGAGCAGGAGAAGCACUCUGCCUGCUGCGUGCGGAACGACCGCUCCGGCUGCGUACAGACCUCCGAGGAGGAGUGUUCAUCCACACUGGCAGUGUGGGUGAAAUGGCCCCAGCACCCCAGCUCCCCAGUGCUGGCUAAUAAAAGCUCAAGACAGUUUGGGUCUGUCUGUCACCAAGAUCCCAGGUUUUGCGAGGAACCUGCCUCUGUGUCUCCUCACGAGUGGCCCGAUGACAUCACUGAAUGGCCUGUCUGCACCAAACAAAGUGAAGUGAAGCAGACCAACCUCCCCCACAUAGACUGUGUCUUAACAGGCAGACCGUGCUGCAUUGGAACCAAGGGAAGAUGUGAAAUCACAUCCAGAGAGUAUUGUGAUUUUAUGAAUGGGCAUUUUCAUGAUACUGCCACCCUCUGCUCACAGGUACACUGUAUGGAUGACGUGUGCGGAUUACUUCCCUUUCUAAACCCAGAGGUUCCUGAUCAGUUUUACAGGCUGUGGUUGUCUCUCUUCCUCCAUGCUGGGAUCCUGCACUGCCUGGUGUCAGUGUGUUUCCAGAUGACCAUCCUGCGGGACUUGGAGAAGCUGGCGGGCUGGCUGCGAAUCUCCAUCAUCUACAUCCUGAGCGGGAUCACCGGGAACCUGGCCAGCGCCAUCUUCCUGCCCUACAGAGCCGAGGUGGGUCCGGCAGGGUCUCAGUUUGGGAUCCUGGCCUGUCUCUUCGUGGAGUUGUUUCAGAGCUGGCAGAUCCUGGCACGGCCGUGGCGGGCCUUCUUCAAGCUGUUGGGCGUGGUGCUGUUCCUCUUCGCCUUCGGGAUGCUGCCCUGGAUCGACAACUUCGCCCACAUCUCGGGCUUCAUCUCAGGCCUCUUCCUGUCCUUCUCUUUCCUGCCCUACAUCAGCUUCGGCCGGCUUGACAUGUACCGGAAGCGCUGCCAGAUCAUCGUCUUCCUGCUGGUGUUCCUGGGGCUCUUCGCUGGCCUCGUUGUGCUCUUCUACGUCUACCCAAUCACGUGCGAGUGGUGUGAGUACCUCACCUGUAUCCCCUUCACGGACAAGUUCUGCGAGAAAUACGACCUCAACGCACACCUCCACUGAGCACCUUGCUAUCCUGGACAAAACCAAUGUGCUUUUUUUUUUCGUUUUACAGAAAGUGGCAUCUACAGUCUUGCCCUUUUCCUGUUUAAAAAAAAAAAAAAAAAAUGCCCUCACAUGCUGAUGCCAAAAUCCUAAUUAGGGGCCUCCCAGACAGGAAAUGAGGUCACUUAUCAUUUCUUUUUCUACCUUCCGUGAACAAGAAGUAAUUUGUGUGCAACCCCUUCCUUCUCAACUGAUCUUCAGAAGAUAUGGAUGUUUUCUUAUUUGUAUUCGGAAUCCUCUCUACACAUAACUAUAUAAAUGCAUUUCCCCAUGUUCUUUUUAAAGCACUUGACAGACCAGGAUUGGCCUUUUUCCUCACAUCAUAGAGACUUGAACUCUUACCAGGAAAGAAAUACCAAACAACCCUUUGGUGCCUUCUUGAUAUCUAUUGUACCAACUACUGCCAUGUUUUUAUUACACUAGAUUAAGCACUAAAAUGUUAAUCAUCGUUGAUUACUACUACAAAAAGGAGAUGAAAGAAUAGGUAGUGUUUUAGCUACCACUUACCUGUACUUGAGAAUACAGUGAAAGAAAUGUGAA